AUGACCGGCUCAAACGAAACUAUCCUCGUCACCGGCGGCUCCGGCUUCGUUGGAGCCCACUGCGUUCUUCAAGGAAUUCAAAAGGGAUACCAAGUCCACACGACUAUCCGCUCCCUCUCGCGCGCAGACGAUGUGAAGCAAAUGCUGCGAAAUGGAGGGGCCACUGAGGCUGAGAUCUCCAACGUCAAAUUCUUCGCAGCAGACUUGAUGAAAGAUGAUGGCUGGAAAGACGCUUGUGCAGGAUGCUCGUAUGUACUGCAUGUUGCUUCGCCAUUCCCUGCUGGUGCACCAAAGCAUGAGGAUGAUCUCAUCGUACCUGCAAGGGAGGGUACUCUGCGGGUGCUAAGGGCGGCGAAGGAGGCUUCGACAGUCAAAAGGGUCAUCAUCACCAGCUCGAUGGCAGCAAUCGGAUACGGAUACGGCGACGUAGUCAAAACAAAAACCUUCACCGAAGAAGACUGGACCAUCCUCGAUGGCCCUCGGGGCGAGACAAUCGCUCCUUACCAGAAAAGCAAAGCCAUCGCCGAACGAGCAGCAUGGGACUGGAUAGCCAAAGAAGGCAGCCCAAUGGAACUGACCGUCAUCAACCCAGUCGCCAUUUUCGGACCAGCGCUCAGCGCCGACUUCUGCGCAACCUUGCAGUUCAUCUCCCGUAUGCUAAACGGCCAGUUGCCCGCCAUGCCGAACCUCGCCUUCGAGACCGUCGACGUGCGAGAUGUCGCGGACUUACAUUUCCGCGCCAUGACGAGUCCGAAAGCAGCGGGACAGAGGUAUCUGGCUUUACGAGAUGGAGGACCCAUUUCGUUGCAAGGGAUUGCGCAGACGCUGAAACGGGGGCUGCCUGCAGAAGAGACGAAGCGAGUGGGCACGAUGGUUAUUCCGAAUUUUGUUAUGCGGUUUGCGGCGAUGUUUCAGCAGGAUAUCGCGUUGAUCGUUCCGGAGAUCGGGAGGGUAAGGAAGUGCAGUAAUGCGAAGGCAAAGAGGGAUUUCGGGUGGCAGCCCAGAGAUGGAGACGAGGCGAUUCUGUCGGCGGCGAGGAGUCUGCAGAAGUAUGGUGUCGUGAAACCGUAA